UUGGAGUUGGGGUGGGUUUGCGAGUUAUUUGGGUUUAUCUACGGCUCUAAGUGGGCGCAAGUGUUGCUACAAUUCCUCAACCUUGUAACAAGUCAUUUUCCCAAAUCGAAGUUCCUUCUCUUCCCAUUUACUUCUUCCCGCCGAUUGAAACCCUAAUUAAGCUAUCGAAUCCCUUGUUUGUAACCCUCGUUAAUGGCGUCUUCUUCCUCAGGCGAUGACGAUUCAUCCUCGAAGGAGAUUUCCUCCUCGAGCGGCGUGGAUUCUUCGGAAGAACAACUCCGGAACUGGCUGGAACUGCCGCGGGAGGUAACGGCAUCGAUAUUCUCUCGGCUUGUUGCGACGGAGAUCCUGAACAACACUCAGUUUGUGUGCAAGUCGUGGUUCGACAUCUGCAAGGAUCCGCUGGUGUGGCGCAAAAUCAACAUGUAUAAUAUCGGCGAGGCAGAUCUGAAUAUGGAGUUGGACAGGAUGUGCCGCCACGCCGUCGAUCGUAGUCGUGGAAAUCUGGUUGAUAUCAACAUCGAAUACUUGGGAAAUGAUGGUCUCCUCAAGCAUAUCACCGAUAGCUGUGGUCAAGUCAAACGCCUUCGGCUCGCUUGUUGCUAUAAUGUUUCAAAUGAGGGAUUGAUUGAGGCCAUUGCAAAACUUCCUUUGUUGGAGGAGCUUGAUCUUUCACUUUGCGCUUUUUCAACAGAACCUCUUGAAACUGUUGGGCGCCAUUGUCCUCGUCUAAGAUCACUGAAGUUGCAUUGUCAAGCCUAUAGAUCUUGGUUCGUGGAUCCUGAUAUGGAGUUGGAGAUUAAUGAAGAGGCAAUUGGUAUUGCUAAACACAUUCCUGAAUUACGCCAUCUGCAGCUUCUUGGAAAUCCCAUGACUAACAUGGGAUUGCAAGCUAUUCUUGAUGGAUGCCCUCAUCUUGAGUCACUUGACUUGCGCCGGUGUCUCAGUAUUGAUUUGAAAGGAAAACUGGGGCAAAGGUGUAAGGAACAGAUUAAAUAUUUGCGGCUUCCUCAUGAGUCAACUGAGGACCUUGAAUUUCGCAUUGGUCCUGACGAUGAUGGUCAUAAUGCACCUAAUGAUUUUUCUGACGAUGGAUCAUUUGAUGAAGACUACGGUUCUUGGUAUUCUAGUGUUGCUGAUUUCGUCUUUGAUGAGUAUCUUGAUGGCGAAUUUGAUGACUAUCCUGACUUUGACAGCAGUGAUGGUUCCCUUGACUAUGAUGAUUUUACUGUGCCUGAGAACUUCUGAUGAAUUUGAGACCAAUUUGAGUGCUUAAAUCUAGUGACAAAAUGUGAAGAGUUGAAGAAUCACUGGUUGUAAAGAGAGCAUGUGCAAAUAGUUCGGUAAAACUAUGGGUGUCAAGAAUUCUGAAUAGCUACAUCCAUACAAGUAUUCUGCGUUAUAUGGAUGUCGCUGUAUGUUAUCCUAAUAAAGUAUCCGAAACACCCCUUUACGCAUUUUGUAAAGCUUGCUUUUGACCAUGGAUAAAUAAGAUGGUCUCUGCUUAUUGUUAUAGGCAGCUUGAUUA